GUCACUCAGUCAGUAUGGUUAUUGGUUAAGGUUUCUUAUUUUGAAUCUGUUCGACAAGUUUAGUGUUUUAAUUUUAACGUCGAUUUGUCUGUACCUUUAAAGUUAAAAGCAACACUAUUUAUUUUUGUUAUAAAAUAAUCUCCGAAAUAUAAUUCUAGACGCAAGCUUUCAAAAUGAGACUUUUAAGCAAAUUAUUUUAUUCAGUUCUUUCAUUCUGUUCGCUUGUUUUUACACUAUCUAGCCUUAUUACUUUCUAUAAAUUCCUCUCUGAUUUCCCAUCAAAAAUAAGCCUAGCAACCACAGCUCCUCAAUCAGAUGCAGAUGCUGCUGUGCCAAAUGCUGUUGAGGCAGUUGCUGUUGAUUUGUCUCUGCUGUGUGUAUUUAUCAUAUUACACUCGUCACUGAUUCCUCUCCACAAGGUCAUAUCUUCAGUGCUUGGAAUGCCAUUCCUAAAUAAAGUUUUUUACAGUGUAAUUUCGGCUUUAUCUCUUCAGCUUAUUGUGCGUUGGUGGAUGCCAAUCCCCGAGUUUACUUUUUGGAAUGUGGAUACUCAAGAUGUUGAUAAGCUGCGAUUCUUCACUGGUGUUCAUAUUGUCAGUUGGAUAUUGAUCUAUGCAAUGAUGAUUACUAUAGGUUUGCCAGAUCUUCUAGGAUUAAAGCAGGUCUAUUGUCACAUGACUGGGCGUUCAGAAGAAUCUACUCUGAAUUCAGAGCGUAUGAAACAUUUCCAUCAGAAAAUGAGACACCCAUCGUUCCUAGGAUUUGCACUCAUAUUUUGGGUUUAUCCUUGUAUGAGACUAGAUCGUCUGCUGUUGGCAACAGUGUGGACUCUGUACAUGCUGCUGGCCUGGCGACCCGACACUUACACUUUUAACUAUCUGGUGCAGCAAAACAUGGCUAAGCGGUCUGCCUUAUAAAGUCCUUCCACUUCACUUUCAAUCAUAAUCAAAGACUGACAAUAACAGUAUUCUAACUUUAAGAUUUACAAGUUUAUAACAUCAACUGCCUUGUAUAUUUUGCUAUGUUUCUAAAAAGAGACUAUGGUGAUUUGUUUAGUUAGAUUAACAAAUAGUAGGUUAAAAUUUGUUAAAUUAUUAACUUUGAAUUGUAGCCUACAAUCAGUUGUAGUUCUCGUUUUUAUGUGAGCUCCAUGUAGGUAAGGAUGUUAACUAUGUUGCACUAAUGUUAACUAAAUGUUUAAUUAAUGUUUAAUUUUGUAUUUUAGGGUAUAUUUUACAAUUUCUGCUUCACAGGAUGGUAAUAAUUAGAGAAUAAUGUAUGGUUUAAUCUACACAAUCCAGGCGCAACUAACAUUAAAAUUGUCUUCAGCUGUUCCUUAAGGAUCACAAAUAAUCUAUAAGGAUGUAUGUAUAAUAUAGGUACGUUUUGUUUGGAUCUUUUUUUAAAGUUCAAAAGAAAAUAAAUCAGAUUAAAAAAAAAGGCUUUGAAUUUUGGCGAUAUUCAGUUACUAACAUCAUUCAAAUCAAAUCAAAUCUUUUUAUUGUCUUUCAGCUCUACAAAAGCAAUUGACAUUGUCAAAUAGCAUCUUUGACCAUUGACUAUACACCGUCUCUGUGUAUAGUCAAUAGUAGUACCCAUUCCCAUGAGUCAUUAAGUUUUUUUAGAUUUUAAAUGGAUGUAGUUAAGUUGAGCUAAAUUUGAAAUCAACUUGUUAAUCAUAGCAUCUGUUGUGUCACAUAUAAUUAAUGAAACUAAAAUAUUAUUUUAAACCAAACCCCAUUCUGUGUGUGGUCAUGCAACUAUUUAAAACAUUUUGGGUUGUCUACUUAGGGGCCCAAAAGUCAAAAGCAAAUCCCAAACUCUGCUAACCUAUCAAAAUGAGUAAAUUA